AUGAGUGAAAUAACAACAAAAACUGCGUCUGUCGUGCCAAUAACACCAACAAAAACCCCUGUUGCUCGUUUCAAUGUAGAUCAACAAUGUCCUAUUCAAUAUGUAACUGUCUACAAUGAUCGUGCGGAAGUAACACGAGUCCUACGGCAUCAUUUCGACACUGAAGGUACAUAUGAACUCGUGCUGAAUGGUUUCUCUACAUUUGUUGAUGAAACAUCGUUACAUGUCAGUGGUGGAACGGGUAAAUCAUGCACCAUUCUUGAGGUAUCGUAUCAAACGCAACAUGAAGAUGUUGGUCUGCCAUCAGAUUUAACGUCUCUUGAUCAUCUCCGAAGUCAACUUGAAAGCGUACAAACUGAAAUAGAGAUUCAUAAGCGUGAAUUGGCACGAGUCGCGAAACAACGAGUAUGGCUCGAUGGACGUGCAACCAAAUUAAUGAACCAAGAUGGACCAUGCACAACCAAUGAUCUGGAGAAUAUGCAACAAUUUCUCGAGUUUUAUCAUAAAACAUUACUGAAACUCGAUAAUGAAACAGCACGCGAAGAAGAUGAAGUCAAGAAAUUGAAUGAUCGUCAAGAUGCUUUGAAAUCUCAAAUAAAUCAGCAUGGAGCUGAAGCUGAAGCAAACCGGGAAAAGACAUGUCGAGAAAUGACGAUCACAGUUCAUGUUGCCUGUAGUCAAAUUGACGUUGCACUCGAAAUUUCGUAUUUGAUUGGGAAUUGUUCCUGGAGUGCCAGUUACGAUGUUCGUGUAAGCAGUACCGAUGCAAAUCGACAGCGAACACAACUAACGUACUACGGAAUUAUAGUAAGUACUCUAAUCUUGAAAGAAUUCCAAGAGUCUUUCAUGAAUCUUAUUGAUUUCUAG